AUGCAUGUCUCACCACCACGCUUCACCCCAUUGUGCCACCUCAUACCUCUCGUUCCAAUUCACUUCGAUUUGCCGUCUGCCGUCAAGCCGGCAGUUUUGACGGCGGCUGACGGCCAGCCGCGACUAGCGCUCGUGGCCGACCGGGACAUUCGGUCGGGUGACGAUUUGUUGUUGGUGCCGCUAAGCGCGUGCCUGACCCUGGACAAGGUCCUUAAGACCGACAUUGGCGCCGUGUGCGGCGACGUCAGGCCGUGGGUGGCGUUGGCGCUGUUCAUAAUCCGCGAGCGGGGCAACCCCAACUCCGAGUGGGCGCCAUACUUCGACACGCUCCCCGCCACGCUCAACUCGCCGCUCCUCUGGUCCGAAGAGGAGCUCAAGAUGCUGGAAGGCGCGCAGGUGUUGGCGUUGCAGCAGCAGUACGCGGAGUACAUAGCGGCGGAGCACCAAGCAGCGCUGGACGCCAUCGUGCUGCCCAACCCCAACCUCUUCCCCGACCCCACCUGCUUCUCCCUCGCCGCCUUCACCUGGGCCUUCGCCCUCCUGCGCGCGCGCUCCUUCCCGCCCUUCUCCCGCGACGACGUCGCCCUCGUGCCGCUGCUCGACCUGGUGUCGCACAGCACGGAUUCCCCCGAGGGCAAGUGGCAGGCGAGGUCGGUGGGCGGAGGGCUCUUCUCUGCCGGCCGGGACGUGGUGACAGGCCCUGCAGGGCGCUCGUACGAGAAGGGCCAGCUGAUCACAGUGAACUUUGGCAAGGACAAGUCCAACGCACAGCUCGCCAUAGAUCACGGCAUCGUCGACCCGCCCUCCAUCACCCCCGCCUCCACCACCUCCUCCGCCACCUCCUCCUCGCAAGACCCACAGCAGGAGCAGCAGAAAUCAGGCGCCCUGGGCGCGAUUGUAAACACAGUCACUAGCGGCGUGAGCAACGUCACCAGCAUGGUCUCCGUCGGGAAAGCCGUGGCCGCAGUCGAAGCAGCAAAGGUCGCCGCGAAAGCCGCAGCAGCCGCCGCCGCCACUGGCGCGGGCAACCGCGACGCGUUCUCGCUGACGCUAGAGAUUGCUGAGUCGGACCGGUUUUAUGAUGACAAGGCGGAUAUAGCGGAGCAGAGUGGGCUGGAGGCGGUGGCUGAUUUUGACAUUGUGGCGGGGCAGGGCGUGCCCGAUGAGAUGGUGGCGUUUCUCAGGCUUGUGGCGCUUGGUGGGGCCGAUGCCUUCCUGCUCGAGGCGCUGUUCCGCAACAGUGUGUGGGAGCACCUGCUGCAGGCGGUGAGCCGGGAGAACGAGGAGGCGGUGUGUGUGGGCAUCAUGGACUCGUGCGCUGCUGCGCUCGCUGCCUAUCCCACCACAUACGACGAGGACGCGGCGCUGCUCCCCUCGCUGGCACCGGGCAGCAAGGAGCAGGUGGCGGUGGUGGUGCGCAUGGGGGAGAAGGCCGCUCUGGGCGAGCUGCAGUCGUGGGCGGUGCGGCGCAUGCGCGCGCUCGACUCGCUGCUCUACUACGCCGAGCGCCGCCUCUCGGACCUGGGCCUGCUGGACGACACCGGCAACAUGACGCCCUGGGUGAGCGUUGAGUGA